GCUCCAGCGGCCCUUGAGAUGACAUCAACAGCAGGGUCAUGAGAGUCACACGCCACGGCCAGCUGGGCAAGGGUGAGAGAGGGGUGUCCGAGGGGAAGCGUCCCCCCCGCACCCUAUCUGACAGAAGCGCUUUGGAAUCGCUCUGUAUCCCUGUGGCGCGGCCGGACGCGGCUGGAGAGUGCUUGAAACGCCCGGAAUCGACCUGCGCGGAGCCCCAUCCCACAAGAUGUACGGUCUGUACCUGGAAGCGGUGAACGAUUACAUCAAUGAAUCGUACGGGGAGGACGUGUGGAGACUCAUCGAAGCUCGGGCCGAGAUCCCCCACCUCAAGUUCGUCCGGCACCAGAUGUACAAUGACAAUCUGAUCCUGCGGCUGGCGAAGGCAGCGGGGGAGGUGCUGGGCAAAACCCACGACGAGCUGAUGUACGCGUUCGGAGUCUACAUGGUGAAGAGAAUCGGCAACUACGGCUUUGAGAGAAUCCUCAAGGUCCUGGGGCGCAACGUUCGGGAUUUCAUCAACGAGCUGGACAAUCUGCACGAGUACUUCCGCUUCUCCUUCCCCAAGGUGCAGCCUCCCAGCUUUUGCGUGGAGGAAGAGUGCGAGACAAGCCUGACGCUGCACUACCGGAGCACGCGCAAGGGCUUCACGCAGUUCGUCAAGGGGCAGCUGUCUCAGGUGGGUCGGCAGUUCUACAGCACAGACAUCGAGGUGGAGAUCCUGUCGAAGGAAGAGACGGAGAAGAUGACAUACGUGGUGUACAAGAUGAAUUUCGACAACGCUGCCUUCAAGCACCGCAUGCCUCAGCAGAAGACCGCCCCGGGCUACGAGAAGCUCCCCAUGAAGAGGGCCAUCUUCUUCGACAUGUUCCCCUUCAGCGUGAUCUUCCGGCGGGACAUGACCAUGUACCGCAUCGGUGACGGCCUCAAGGAGGUCUUCUCCGACUUGCAGGGCAAGAAAUUCAACGAGGAGUUCACCCUGGUCAGGCCCAUGCUGGAGUUCAGCUGGGAAAAUAUCUACACUCACUUAAACAACGUGUUCGAGCUCCUGUCCAAAGCCGUGGUGGAAAGCAAACAGAAGACGAACCUGCCCAAGCUGAACAAGAAGGAGGGAGAGGAGGGAGAGGAGAAAGAGGAGAGCGAGAAGCCCAAAAAAGAGGAGCGAGAGCCCAAGGCGAUGGAGGAGGUGAAGAGUGCGGAUCAAGAGUACAGCAGCGCGGCUUCUCAGUAUAACAGCUCCACCAACUCAGGAGCAGAGGAUAUAGAGCUGUUGGCUUUUCAGACCGUCACAGGGAAGUGCAGCGAGACAAUCUUUGAAGACAUGAGGGAGCCGCCCAAAAAGCCCCUGCACCUCAAGGGGCAGAUGAAGUACGUCCCACAGUGGGAUUCCCUCAUCUUCCUCGGGACCCCCAUUAUUGAGACGGUGGAGGAUAUGAUCAAAAUGGGCGUGUACGUGAACGAUCUCAAUCUUCACGACUCCAGCAGGGAGCUGAUUCUAGCGGGAACACAGCAAUCUGCAGAGCUGCAGCUAGCAUUGGAUCAGGAGCAGCAGAAGUAUGCACAGCUGCAGGAGAUCAUCAAGAAGCUGGACGAAGAGAAGAAGAGGGGAGACUCCUUGCUCUACGCCAUGAUCCCCCGAGCCGUGGCAGACCGGCUGAGAAAGGGCAUCACUGCACUGGAGACCUGCCAGGUCUUCCCAGACGUGACAAUCCUCUUCAGCGACGUGGUGAAAUUCAACGAGAUCUGCAUUCACAUCACGCCCAUGCAAGUGGUGGACAUGCUCAACGAGAUCUACAUCGUGUUCGAUACUCUGAGCGAGAAGCACAACGUGUACAAGGUGGAGACUAUCCGCGAUGCCUACAUGGUGGUGGCGGGGGUCCCUAACAAGACCACGUUCCACGCCCACCACAUCUGUGACAUGGCCCUGGACAUGCUGAGCUCCAUCGACCACCUCAAAGACCCCUCUACUGGGGACAACAUCCAGAUCAGAGUGGGGAUCCACUCUGGCAUGGUGGUCGCCGCUGUGGUGGGUUUGAAGAUGCCGCGCUACUGUCUCUUUGGUGACACGGUGAACACAGCCUCCCGCAUGGAGAGCAACGGGGUGGGAAUGCAGAUUCACAUCAGCCAAACCAGCAAGGACCACCUGGAGCACGAGCCCUACAUCAUCGAGGAGAGGGGCAAGAUCUUUGUGAAGGGUAAAGGCUACAUGAAGACCUAUUGGCUCAAGGGGAAAAAAGACCUGUCCUUCAAAUCUCCAGUGGAGCUGAGAUACAGCAGCGAGCAGAGAGACUCCGAGGAGGGCAGCACAAAGAGCACAAACUCCAGCCAAGCCAAGCGCUCCACCUCAAAUCUCAACAACCCAGUGGAACAAACAGAAGAAACCAAACCGUCAGAGGACCUGCCGUCAGACCUGCCCCAGCCUCUAGAGGGCGCCGCUGAGCCCCCGCUGCCCGAGCCCCGCGACAAAGAGAGGGCCAAAAAGACCAAGAACAACAAGGCCAGCAAGACGGAGGCAGCCGGAGCCAACGCUCAGGAAACUGCAGCGCCCCCUGCAGGCCCCUCCGAGAACGCGGCCCCGCCUCUCUGCGUCGCCAAGGGCAACGAUCGUCAUAGCCGGCUGACAGCCACCCUGCCCCUCCGUAGCUCCACCUGCUGUUUGCUCUAGGCUUUGCGAGGCUUUACCCUGACUUUUCUCUUGUCUUUUAAGAAUUUAGUUGUUUCACUGAAAUAAAACCCUGUAUAGGAAAUCAGUUUUACUAUGAAUGCGUUUCUCAGCUGUGUGAUCAAGAGACACGAACAGCUUGACAGGGAUCAAUUGAAUUCUUAAAGGAGAGGAGAAAAUUCGGGGUAAAACAUCGCAAAUCAC